GACUUAGUUUUCUCUUGGUUCGCGCAUCCUAUUCACCGUGAACAUGUCCAUCGCUGUCGCAGUUUGGAGCAUCGCCUUAAAGCCAGGCCAGAAGGAGACUAUCAUUCCUCUCGGUGAUCUGAAGGUCACUCAGGCAGCGCUCGGCGAUGAGCUUGCUAGCGAGGAUAAGAGGACCUCUGUCAAAGUCACUUACCACACUGCCUCAAGGCUGGACGAUGAUGAGGAUGAGGACGAGGAAGAUGAGACGGACCCAAUCUCCACAACCGUUCUAUGCUCCUUAACGCCGGGAAAGAUUGAACAAGCUACCAUGGACCUCGUCUUAGAACAGGAAUUAGAGUAUGAGUUCGAGGUUGUUGGGCCCAACACCGUGUAUCUGACUGGAAAUUAUAUCGACCAGAAUACGAACAAUGUCCCGUACAAUGAUGAUUCAGAGCCUGACUCCGAUGAGGAGGGUUAUGAUUUGCGCGACGUAAGCUCGGACGUCGAGAUUGAUCCCGAGGAUCUGGAUGUGCCAAGCACUGACGAAGACCGUUUCGAAGAAGUCAAUGAAGAAGAGCCAACGCCUGCCCUCCAAAACGGGAAGCGCGCCCGAGACUCAGACGCCAUGGAGACUGAGGAACAGUCGCAAGAAAAAUUGUCCAAGUCGCAGAAGAAGAAACUGAACAAAAAGCUGAAGGCUGAGGGCGGCAAAGCAGUGCCUGCUGGGCAAGAACCAUCCCCUGCAAAGGCUGAAGACAAGAAGGCUUCUGAAGGCAAUCAGAACAAGGAGAAGGGAAAGAAAGACAAAUCAGGGGGAAGGGGCCCGGUCCGAACCCUCGAAGGCGGUGUGACGAUCCAAGACGCUGUCGUUGGGACGGGACCACAAGUCAAGAAAGGCAGUCAAGUCUCCCUGCGAUACAUCGGUAAGCUUCAGGAUGGCACGAUCUUCGACAAGAACACCAAGGGUCAGCCAUUCAAGACCACCGUUGGAAAGGGCGAGGUUAUCAAAGGUUGGGAUGUGGGUCUCAUGGGUAUGCAGGUCGGAGGCGAGCGGAAAAUCAAGAUACCCCCUAGUAUGGGUUAUGGCAACAAGAAAACGGGCCCGAUCCCCGCGAACUCCGUCCUGGAAUUUGAGGUCAAGCUCAUUGGAAUGAAGUGAAUCUUCCCGUGAAUCACCUGAAGAUUGUGGGCUCGAUGACCGUAAGGCAUAAAAAGUAAAUUGAUCUGCAUGCUAAAUGUGCACCUUCUGCUACCGAACAUCUCUUGUCAUACCACCGCAUUAGUUAGUCCUUGCAAUCCCAAUGCAACUUUAGUUUACUGUA